GAAAAACACAUCUAAUCAUAAAACAAACCAAGAUGUAAGCUCUGACCUCACUAUAUUCCAAUCCAUCUAAUUAAAAAGACUACACACACACUAAACUCCAUCUUCAUCCAGAUUUGGAUAUCUUUGAUUUAUUAUCAAUCUCUUCUCUCCAACAAUUCCAAUUGCAAUGGCUUCAGAAUCCCAUAAUGAUCAGCUGCACUUUGUUUUGAUACCAUUGAUGUCUCCAGGCCACCUUAUACCAAUGGCAGACAAUGCCAAGCUAUUGGCACAGCGUGGUGUGGCUGUUACAAUUGUAACCACACCCAUCAAUGCCAUCAGAAUCAAACCAAUCAUCGAUCGUUCCAUCGAUUCUGGUCUCCCUAUCCAACUUGUCCAGUUCAGUUUGCCACUACAAGAGUUUGGCCUGCCAGAGGGAUGUGAAAACAUGGACUCAGUUCCCUCAAGAAAAUUGUUUUGGAAUUUCUUUGCUGCAGUUGACAAGCUGCAAGAACCAGUUGAGAAAUUUCUUGAAACUGUGAAACCCAAUCCCAGCUGCAUAAUAGCUGAUAAACAUAUGGCAUGGACGGCUAACAUUGCUCGAAAGUUUCGGAUGCCAAGGCUUUUGUUUGAUGGGACUAGUUGCUUCACUCUCUUGUGUUCUCAUAACAUACAAGAACACAAGGUCCUAGAGAGUGUCUCAGGAUCAGAGCCUUUUUUGGUGCCUGGUUUGCCUGAUAAGAUUGAACUUACUAAAUCCCAACUUCCGGGGAGUAUGAAUCCAGGUUCAGAAGAUUUCACACGUCUUCACGACAAAGUAAAACAAUCUGAAGAAGGGGCAUAUGGGAUUGUUGUCAAUAGCUUUGAGGAGCUGGAAUUCGAAUACGUCAAAGAGUACAAAAAGGUCAAUCAUGAGGGUAGAGUUUGGAGCAUUGGCCCAGUUUCACUAUCCAACAAGACAGAUUUGGACAAGGCUCAGAGAGGCAACAUGGCCUCAAUUGAUGAAAACAAGUGCUUGAACUGGCUUGGUUCAUGGCCUCAAAGCUCAGUGGUUUAUGUAUGUCUUGGAAGCCUGAGCCAAGUUACAACCCUUCAAUUGGUAGAGCUUGGUUUGGGGUUAGAAGCAUCGAACCGGCCUUUCGUGUGGGUGAUCAGCAGAAACAAAAUAGAUGAAUGGGAAAAAUGGCUAUUGGAAGAUGGAUUUGAGGAGAGGAUAAAAGGGAGAGGUUUGUUGAUCCAUGGUUGGGCUCCACAGGUGCUUAUAUUGUCACACCCUGCAGUUGGAGGAUUUCUAACACAUUGUGGUUGGAACUCAACAUUGGAAGGCAUUUGUGCUGGAAUUCCAAUGAUCACAUGGCCCUUUUUUGCUGAGCAGUUCUACAAUGAGAAGUUUAUAGUGCAAGUCUUGAAGAUUGGUGUGAGUGUGGGGGCUAAAGUUGCAAUUCCCUUAGGGGAACAAGAGAUAUCAAAGGUGUUGGUGAAGAGGGUUGAGUUUAAGGAGGCUAUAGACAAAGUUAUGAUCAAGGAAGGGAAAGAAGGAGAAGAGAGAAGAGAGAGAGCAAGAGAGCUUGCAGUUUUGGCCAAGAAGGCUACAGAAGAAGGAGGAUCUUCUUACCUCAACAUGACAUUGUUGAUUGAAGAUAUAAGAUCAUGCAAAGCAAACAACUAGCAAUAUCCAUUUAUGGUAAGAGCACAUGAAUAAAUUUUCAAUUUGUAGUUAAAUGUUUUACCAUUAAAUGCUUUUAAUUAGCUGUUUGGAACUUUGGUGCAUGAUUAGAAUUGCCAAAAUUCAAUCAAAUACUCCUGUGCUUAUCCAAAUUUGAAUCUUUCUAUUUCAUUGUCAAUCUUUCUAAUUAAUCUGACUGCCCAUUUCAUUCUGAAUA